GCCGGUGUAAUGGACGUAGAGGCCACUGUUGUGCUGAUGAAGAAGGAGGUGCUUGAACGCGAGGACUUCAACGCCACGCUUGUCGCCAAUGCGCAGGAGCUCCUUAGCUCCUUCCAGCUCGUGAGCGCCACCGUUGGCGACCCAAAUGACGAUAACAGAGGAGUCGUUGGAGAGAAGGCCUACUUGGAGGACUUCGUGAGAAAGCUUCAGGCCAUCGCCUCCGGCGAGUCCACCUUCCGUGUGACGUUCAAGUGGGUGGGGGAGCACGGCAUCCCCGGUGCGGUCAUUGUCAUCAACGAGGACUCUUCAGAGUUCUACCUGAAGAGCAUAACCCUGGAAGAGUUCCCCGGCGAGGGCCGGAUUCACUUCGACUGCAACUCGUGGGUUUACCCUCAAGACAAGUACAAGUACCAGCGCGUCUUCUUCGUAAAUAAGACUUACGUUGCGGCGGAGACGCCAUCGCCGCUGCAACCGUACAGAGAAGACGAACUCAAGAACUUGAGAGGCGAAGAUGUGACCGGCCCACUUCAAGAAUGGGAUCGAGUUUACGACUACGCUUACUACAACGACCUCGGCGAUCCCGACAAAAAUGCAUCUCUCGCUCGACCUGUCUUGGGCGGCUCCGCCCUCUACCCUUACCCUCGCCGUGGGAAGACCGGCCGACCGGCCUCCGAGAAAGAUCCGGAGACAGAGAGUACACUUCCGGCGGAGAUGGACAUCUACGUGCCCAGGGACGAGCGGUUCGGGCACUUGAAAACGGACGACUUCCGCGUCUCCACCAUCAAAGCCUUGAUCCAAUCUUUUUUCCCCGUCCUCCAGGCCAUCCGCGACAACGAGUUCGACUCUUUCGAAGACGUUCUGAAGAUGUACAAGGGAGGUUUGCAGUUGCAGGUGGGGAACAAUCUGCGCAUCGACGAACUAAGGGAACGCAUUCCCUUUGAGAUGAUCAGAGAGAUGUUCUGCGCGCAAGGCGAAGGGUGGUCUCUUAAGUUUCCCCUGCCACAAGUCAUUCAAGAGGACACGUAUGCUUGGAGAACAGACGAAGAAUUUACUCGGGAAAUGUUGGCCGGAGUGAAUCCUGUGAUCAUUAGACGGCUCGAGGAGUUCCCACCUGUGAGCAAGCUUGACGAGAACGAGUACGGCGACCACAAAAGCACCAUUACGGCAGCUCAAAUCGAGCACAACCUCGAAGGAAUGACGAUCGAAGAAGCGCUGGGCCGCAACCGGCUGUUCAUCUUGGACCACCAUGACUCGUUGAUGCCGUAUCUGAACAGGAUCAACGACACCGCCAACAAGGUCUACGCCACGAGGACUCUGCUGUUCCUGAGAGAUGACUCCACGCUGAAGCCGUUGGCGAUCGAGCUGAGCCUGCCGCACCCCGACGGAGAGCAACACGGCGCCGUGAGCGAAGUGUACACGCCGGCGGACUACGGCGUCGAAGCAUCCAUUUGGCAGCUCGCCAAAGCUUAUGUCACCGUCAACGACUCCGGCGUCCACCAACUCAUCAGCCACUGGUUGAACACACACGCGACGAUGGAGCCAUUCGUGAUCGCCACCAAUCGCCACCUGAGCGUGCUCCACCCCAUCAACAAGUUGCUCGAGCCCCAUUACCGCGACACCAUGAACAUAAACGCCACCGCCCGGCAGGUACUCAUCAACGCCGGCGGCAUCAUCGAGCGGACGUUCUUCCCGGAGAAGUACGCGAUGGAGAUGUCGGCGGUGGUUUAUAAGAGCUGGAAUUUCGUCGAGCAGGGUCUUCCUGCGGAUCUCAUCAAGAGGGGAAUCGCGGUUAGGGAUUCAAAGGGCGAGAUCGAACUGUUGAUCGAGGACUAUCCUUACGCCGUGGACGGCCUCGCGAUAUGGUCUGCGAUCGAGACGUGGGUGAGCGACUACUGCUCCAUCUACUACCCCGACGACAAAAAGGUGCGUGACGACGCCGAGCUCCAAGCGUGGUGGAAGGAGGUGCGCGAAGUCGGGCACGGCGACAAGAAGCACGAGCCGUGGUGGGCCAAGAUGGAGACCGUCACAGAGCUGACGGAGACAUGCACCACCAUCAUCUGGGUGGCCUCCGCCCUCCACGCGGCCGUCAACUUCGGGCAGUACCCCUACACCGGCUACCACCCCAACCGGCCGACCCUCAGCCGGAAUUUCAUGCCGGAGCGCGGCACGGCGGAGUUUGCAGAGCUGGAGAUGGAUCCGGACAAGGUGUUCCUGCAGACGAUCACCAACAAACUGCAGACCAUCACCGGCGUGUCGGUGGUCGAGAUCCUGUCGACACACUCGAGCGACGAGGUGUACCUGGGCCAGCGGGACACAGCGGAGUGGACGGCGGAUCGGAAGGCGCUGGAGGCAUUCGAGAGGUUCGGGGCGGCGCUGAGGGGAAUCGAGGCGGAGAUUGUGGCGAGAAAUGGCGAAGGGAGGUUCAAGAACCGGAAUGGGCCGGUCAAGGUUCCAUACACGCUGCUGUACUCCACCAGCGGUGUGGGGCUCACCGGGAAGGGCAUCCCGAACAGUGUGUCCAUUUGAUAUCCCGGCUGUCUGCUCUGGUGUCUGCUUUGCUGUUUGCUGUUUGCUGUUUGCUGUUUGCUGUUUGCUGUUUUGCUGUUUGCUGGUUUUCUGUUUUGCUAGCUGCUGUUGUUUGUUGUUUGCGAUUGAAUAAUCGACCAUCGUGUCUUAAACAAAUUCUAAAUUAUUUGCAUUAAAUCUAAAUAUUAAAUUCGAUUAAAGUAA